CGGCUGCACUCUUGACGGAAAGCAACGCCGCCGUUCUCCUAACAAGGAAAACCCAAUCACCUCUUCAAAGUGGAUUGCCAACUGCCUGCUUCGCGUCAGGCUUUGUCUGGUGUGAGGUGGACUUUCCCUUAUUCGUCUUUCUCUCAUCAGAAAAGGAGGUGUUUCUGUACUUGGAAACGGGAGAAACUACCAAUCAGUGCGCCAUAGCAGCAGACCUGUCGAGGCAUUUUCUACCCCGCCAGAUCCCCUUUUCUCGUUCGCUUCAGCCGUUAUUCAGGUUUCAUCCAUCAUGGCUCAAGAGGAAGCCGAAGACGUGAAAAUGGACCGGCGGUCGUCCAGAGGACCCUCCGGCUCGCGUGACGGCUCUCGCUCGCGGGAGCGUUCACCGAGGCAAGACAGAUCGCCUCCUCGUGAUGGUGAACUUCGAGAAGAUAGUGGAAACGGCGACGAUCGUCGGGCGUCCAGUGUCGGCCGGCGGAGCCGGUCGCGCUCAUACCGUUCCCCCAGAAGAUCUGAGUCGAGGGGUUCAUCCAGAAAUGGAAGAAGGCACUCGCGCUCUGGAAGCCGAUCUCGUGAUGCUCCCACGCGUCAUCCCGACGGAUACUGGACGGACGGCAAGGAAGCGUUUAUUUUGAACAUUGCAGAUGAAGAUGCUUCGUUUAUCCUUGGCUCUGGCGGUCGAACGAAACGCAAGUUGAGUCACGUGUGUGGUGCUGAUCUGAAUAUCCUGGAGAGGGACGGCCGCACAGUUCUCGAGAUCCGCGGCACUCCCGACACAAUCGACAAGGCGAAGCUGUACAUCGGUUUCGUCAUGCAGCAGCGAGUUGGCCCCGUGGCCCUACCCCCUGAUGCAGAGAAGAGAGACGACUUGACAAUCAUUCAUGUCCCACACGAAUGCGUUGGAUAUGUGACCGGAAGAAAGGGCGCCGGACUCCGCAGCGUGGAGGAGGAGUGGAAUACUCUGAUGUUCUUUACGGACUUGCGUUCUAAGGAAGCUGGCGAGACGGAGAAGCUGGCGAUUUUCGGCGAAUUGCGUGCGCGCCGGGGUUCGGAAUUGAAAGUCAUGAGUGCAGUGGAACAGAAGAUGCCGGGGUACUUCAUUAAAGACGAUGAAGAGCACUUCUCGAACAACCCUGAGUUCGAUACCGACCGCAUCCCGAUUAAGCUGGAGGACUACUCCUAUGCGUUGGGUCAGCGCGGAAGUACGAGGAAGAAGCUUGCCCGAGCCUCCGGGGCUAUUUUGGAAUACGUCGGCCGACAUGCGUACAUCGCAGGAACGCUGGCGGAGCGAACUCGAGCUCGUCAGUACCUCCAGUGGUUGUGUGCCCAGAGGACCUCGUAUGUUCACGUGGAGACGGAUGGACGCGACGACUGCGAUGUCGUGUCGCUUCCUGUCGACGCCGUGGCGUACGUGACUGGGAGCAAAGGAAGCAACUUGCGUCGCGCAGAAGAAGAGACUGGCACAUUCAUUUUCUUGGAUGGCUCGCGAGGAGGCAGAGAUGAGCGUCUGUUGAUCUUCGGCUGGAACGCAGAGGCGCGAUCCCGAGCAAGACAGAAGAUCCUUGCUCGCGUCGACGAGAAGAUGUCUGGGCGUGCGAGGCCCAUUGGAGCGGGUCCAGGUCGUUACCGAUCUCGCAGCCCACGAUAUGACCGUCGAUACGGUGGAUACGACGAUUACCGCGGGGGUUAUGGCGGAGGCUACGGGGGUGGAUACGGAGGUCGCGAUGGAGGGAGAGGCUACUACGGUGGAGGCCGAGGAGGUGGCAGUUACUACGGUCGCGGUGACAGAUCCCUUAGCAGAGACGGUGGAUAUGGAAGAAGUCGCUCUCGCGAGUACUAUGGUCGCGGCCGUGAUCGUUCAAGAAGCUACGACAACGACAGCUACAGAGGCAGUGGUGGUGGACGGGACCGCUAUAGGAGCUACAGCCGUGAGAGGAGAUACUCUCAGGAACGGGGAGGCUACCGUGAUUCCAGAGACGCCCGUGAUAGAUACAGACGUUAAAUUGCAUGUGGCACAUGAUGAUGGGGUCGGGAGCUUACUUGCUAUCGCCCCAGUUUCGCGUUCCUACAAAAUGGAACGCCGUAGGUUGCGAGCUCGUGCAAGCCCAGUUGAUCGCAGAAACCGAGUUCUGGAGAAGGGGGGGUUCGUUGGGAUUUUUUUCGCAGAACAUGGGGUUUUGUGCGCUCUGUGGUGCAGUUGUGUAGUCAUCUAAACCCUCGAGAACAGUAGAGUCUGUGUACGAUUCGAUCGUUCCGUUUCUGGUUGAUACGCGUUUCUUCGUAUUGCACAGACGACCAUUCCAUAAACAGAGUUAGACUGGGAAACAGUUUGACGACUAUUUUGCCGAACGUAUCGCAUCGCUCCGAGUCAGAGUGUUGAUUCCACUAUCCCGCACUCGCCUACGACUCAACGAGUCACCUGGAUCAAGAGCGAGAGGGUGUUUGGCGAGAUUUGCCUAGCAUUUCAGCGUACAGAAGAACGAACGUAGAAUUUUAGGCGCAUAUGCAAGUACUAACGGGCAAGCACGUGCAUGUGCAUAAAAGCAAGUUGAACGCUGACGCAACGGUUGCCAAGGUAGAAAGUUGUAACGGGCCAAUUUCAAAAUGGCUUUUUAUUGGCAGGCAGUGGCGGCGUUCUGCUAAGUAAUGGUGAUCAGUCUUGUACAGAAAACAGGACGUAAAAUGCAUUCAGCCUGGGGUCCUCAUCACUGACUACAUGCGCGAUGAAGUUCACGUGCACAAGGUGAGAGCGGUAACUGUUUGCCGAUGUCCACAAAGUGCUCGUGGAACUAUGACAUGUCUUGACACCAACAGAUGCCAACGGGCGGAUGUGCGCUGCUUCCAAAGUGCUAGCAUCAUAUUUCAUGUUUCUGGCUCUCAGGUCACGGUAGGACGGGAAUUGCGUACCGUGUACUUAAUAGCCUUCGACGAACGCGGGUCUCACGUUUGCCCUUUGUUCAUAUCACGAAGUGCUGCAGAACGGAUCACUUUUUUUGGGUAGCCUUGUGUUGUCAGGUUGUGAAUUACUCAACAACGCAGUGUGUCUGAAUCGUGCGCCCGCCGCAUGCCAAUUACUGUCGGCGCCCGUGGCGAGCGCAGUUGUACCUACCAGAUUUACUGGAUGUUUCUGAAACAAGCAACAUUUGUUCUACCAAAACACUCACAGCAGGUCAUUCUUUGUAACGAGGGGUGGAUGGCAGUACUGUCAGACACACAAACUGGUCUAGGAACAGAGACGAACAAAAGUACAUUAUGAUACAAGGGCGGAACACCUCCAC